AUGGUAUCCUUGAGCUUGCUCACUAGCAGGAACACUUCAGACAAUGGAAUCAGUCCUGAAGAACUUCUCUACACGGCCCAGCUGUUUGAUGAGUCCGCAGCCAGGUGGCCCGAUAACAUAGCACUGAUAUGCGCUCACCAAGCCCCAGACCUUUACGGCAUUCCAAGCGAACCCAAGAAGCUCCAGGAGCAAAACUCCAAUGGGGAAUCAAAGCGCCCUGUGUAUCUGCGCUGGACCUACCGUAACUUGAAGUCCGGCGCCGAGCGACUCAAGGUCGGACUAAGGCUUCUCGGUGCGCAGCCCGGCACGGCUGUAGUGGCUUUAAUGCCAAAUUGUGCCGAGUAUGUCCUCACCUGGUGGGCGGCGCGCGGAAUGGGUUUAGUCAUGGCCCCCCUUAACCCUCGGAAUGUGUCCAAUAAAGAGGAGGUUGAGCAUAUGCUGUCCACGGUAGUAAAAGUUACGGGAGAAAAACCGCCAAUAUUGGUGGUUUUCGACCAGGAACUUUUGCGAUCGGAGCCCCUGAAAGGCUUUUGCCCCUUGGCCAAGAUUUUCGUUUCGGGCGCCCCUGAAAAUGAUGAGAUUUCGUUCCAAAGUCUCAUGUCGGCCGCGGUGGCACACGGCAACUGUGGCCUUCAAGAUGAGCAGCCAACCGAUGACGAGAUACUAUUCACCAGCGGUUCGACUUCACGUCCAAAGGCCAUCAAAAUGGAAUAUCCUACGCUAUCGCUAGGUAUAUAUGAUUUUGCCAAUUCGGCCGGCUGCGAUCGCAGGCCUGGGGAUUUAUGGCUUUCAUUCUUGCCUAACAACCACGGCAUGGGACGGUCAUCGAUCACGUCGCCUAUGACCUCUGGUGGCGGUGUUGCAUAUCCCGGCUUUUAUUUCAGCGUUGACGAGGUUGCAGACUUGUUGGUGGCAGAACACUGCACGCACGCGGCAAUGGUGCCCAGUCUAAUCAGGCUGCUGGGCCAAGCCUUGAGCCCAAGGCUUAAAGAACAGACUACCCGGAGAGAAAGCUUGAUACGCUCACUCUAUAUGAGCGGUGCGCCGCCCACGCCGGCGGACCUGAAGAUUUGCUCCGAAAUCCUUGGGGUCAAAUCGAUCACGUCCGUUUACGGCAUGACCGAGGGUGCAGAAGCUCACACCGACGCAUGCGCCGACUGGUCUAAGUUGACCAACGACAAAGGGAUGCUGUCAGUGGGACGACCGCGUAGCCGCGAUGCUUUGCUCAAGAUUUGCGCACUCGACGCUACGGGUCCGGAGCGACUGCCGCUACCCAUCGGGACGCCGGGGGAAAUCCACUACUACGGGCCUCAUCGGCUGUCAAGCCCGACCAUAUACGUCGACAGGCCGGAUGAAGACGAGUUUUGCUACCACGAUCUGCAAGGACGACGGUGGCUCAUCACGGGCGACCUUGGUCUUGUCGAUAACACACAACAGCUGUACGUAAUUGGCAGGUCCAAGGACAUGAUUAUUCGGGGCGGAGAAAACAUCGCCCCGGCCGCCAUCGAAUCGUGCUUUGCAGAAAACCCCAAGCUCGCCCGCGUCGCUAUCCAGAUCGUUGGGGCACCUGACGUCAUUGCCGGCGAGGUCCCCGUCGCGAUCGUCGAAACUGGCGCCGAGCAGCUGGAGCAAGUUGCCCAAGAGAUUUGCGAUACCGUGAUCACCAAGAUGGGGCCGAUGUACUCGCCCGCCCACAUCUUCACGCUCGAAGCACUCGGCAUGACCGAGUGGCCGCGAACCGGCACAGGCAAGAUUAAGAAACCGCCGCUGGCGGAAGCGGUCAAGAAUCUCUUAAGAGCACAGGAAGAUUCCGAGGCCCAGAGUGACAUCGAUCGCGGAAGGAAUACGCUGGAAGAAACCAUGUUGAUGAUAUGGGCUCGCUCCGUCGGUCUUCAAACGGCCAAUCUGUCACUAGAGCAACCCAUUUCCCAGUUCGCCGACAGCUUGACGAUCGCACGUGUCAUACGAAAGAUCCGACGGCAGAUACCAGGCUGCUCCACAUUGUCGGCUCAGGAAAUGAUGCAGGCUCAAAACAUCAAGGAGCAGACCGAACUGGUGGUACGUUUGGCAGAUACUAAGAUAGCAGAGGCCCAUGUUGGAGAGCCUACAUCCAAGCAAACUCAUGUAGAACGUGAGGGACCCCCAAGCGUUGAUGAAAUGGUUCACUUAACCGAGUAUCCGCAUCUGCUGGACCAGACCAAGAACUUGGUUCUUGAGACUAUUCGCAAAGAUGGGUUUGACUGGAACGACGUCGAAGAUAUAUUUCCUGCCCAGAGCUGCGUUAGCGAGCUUUCUCGGAGUCGUGUGAUUGAUAGUGCCAAAUUCCAUUUCGUCGACUUGAUGACCGCUGAAAAGAACCCCGAGGUACGUCGUAUGCCCCCCACAGAGUUACAAAGCCGCGUGCCUAAGACAUCGAGAAACAACCAGCAUGUUAAAAGGGCAGUGCAAACAAUGCUUUUCCACAAUCGCAUUCUGGCCUCCUAUCUGGUCUGGGAUCAGGAAGGAACCUCUGGUUUGCCUCCAGACUUGGCGCUCCACGUUGCGCUAAAGCACAACCAAAAGCUCUUCGACCACGUGGUGAAGAUAGCUGGCACCAUUAAAUUAGUAGACGAUCUACAGAGGUUAGCUGUCGAAUGCCCCGAACCGCAGAGUGGUGUUCUACCUGGAAAUCUAUUCAAGGCGUUUAUUUACGAAGUCGAGGAGACCGGAACUGUAGGCCUGUUUUACAUCGUGAGCCACGCGGUCCUGGACGCAAGCAGCAUAUGGAUGUUCCAGGAGGAUUUGGACACCAUCUUGUCAGGCAAGCGAAUUCAGCCCCACGUAGAUUACAAACUUUGGGCAGACUCGUACUAUUCCUUCCGCGGCUCACCUCAAACCCGGAGCUCGAUCAACUGGCAUGCAAAAUAUCUGGACGGUAUUGGAGGCCAUGUAGAAAGGGCGCUGUGGCCACCGAUCCCGGCACGCGGAGAGAUCGACCAAACCGGCAGAGGAUAUCCUGAUGGGGUGCAUUAUACCUUUCACGCGCCAGAAAUAGUUGCACUGAGAAAGGCACACCCGAGCAUAUCGCCGCCAGUCAUACUCAAAAGCGCAUUGGCCCUCCUAAACGUCUGGCAUACGGGACACACCCACGCCCUGUUUGCAAGCUGCGAGGACGGCCGCACCAGAUGGCCUUUCAUGCCGCCCAUGCCCAACCACCAAAGCGGCAUCUUCGCCGACGCGCAGGACGUCGCCGGCCCAACCAUACAGUUUGUCACAAACCUGGUAAAAAUAGACCCCACGGAGAGGGUGCUCGACUUCUUGCACCGGAUGCAGGACGACCAAAACAACCUGACCAAGCACGCAUUCGCGCCGUGGCCAGAACUCGAGCGUGCCGUCGGGGUCCCUAGGGACACGAUCCAACGCGUUUUCACCACUAUGAAGUUCAACUGGGUCCCAGGCUUCGGGGCGCAGGCGCAAAUGGAUCGAGCGAUGGAGCCGUUCCCGAGUCUUCGGAUCCUGGCGGCCGUGGCGCGCUGGCGGAUCGGGUUGCUCUGCCGGCUUGGCCUGGGCGGCGUGAACAGCGACGUCGUGGCCAUGCAUCUCAUGGGGGAUGCGCUGAGCGGGGGACAAAAAGCACGAGUUGCCAAGAGUCUCGAGAGCUUGACGAGGUGGAUCACGGACCCCAGAAAUUGGGAAGCUUCCAUCGGAAAUUUUAGGAAGGUUUUGGACGACCAAGUCGAACAGAUCGACGACGAGCUCUUGAAGAACAUGACACGUUCCCACGGAUUGUCUUGUUUGAUGCCGAGUGCAAGAGGAAAGAUUGGAAGAGUACGGUAA